ACACACCAUUAGCUCCUGUGUCUGAGAGCCCAGAGCUGAUCCUGCCAAGUGCACUCAUCACACCUACUACCACCAUCACUCAGUGACCAUGUCCACCUCCCUGAGAGUCAGCCCCUCUGUACAUGGGUACCACUUCGACACAGCCCUGCGGAAGAAGGCUUCUGCCAACAUCUUUGAGGGUGUAGACCAGGAUUCCCUGCAGAAGCUGUUCAAGAAAAGUGGGGACAAAAAGGCGGAGGACAGAGCUAGAAUCAUCUUCUGCAUUGACCAGGAUAAUGAGGAGAAAGCACGGGCAUUGGUGGCCCUAAAGCAGAGAACAAGAGACAAGAUAAUGCAGUUCCUCAAACUCAGAAAGAUCGCCCUGAAAGUGAUCUGAGCUCCUGGUCCGCAGAGCUGACAAUCUAAUCCAAUAGUGAUGGACAGAAGUGAUCCUGAUACUGUUCUGGAGAACUGCCAUCUUCAGAGAAAGCGAACCAUUAAGCACUGAGGCUGGUUUUGAGGUUUAACACUCCACUGGUCUGCAGAGCUUACAUUCCAGUCCUGGAAGGCUAACCUGGAGGGUCCAUAACCAUGUCUAAAGACACAGUCUGUGAUCCAAGGGCAGAAGAGUGCUGUGCUUCCCAGAGACUUGUUCAAGGAGAUUGUGAUCCAAUCACGUGACAGCAGACAUCAAGACUACUUAUAAAGCAGAGAGAAGUGGCAGACUGAUGACUGUUCCGCAAAGCUUACAAUCGAGUCAUUAAGCAGCAAGAGCAAUUGCUCCUGACAGGCUGUUUCUAAGAGAUCACCAUCUAUGCAGCAGAACUGCCACAAGAGAGUUGAUCACCCUGAAGGGUAAAGACAUUUCUGUGCCCUAUACAUACUUGAAUUUGACAUUGUAGCAGUGACUGAUGCCCUGUACAGCCAUUACCAGGGUGUAGAAGGAAGACAGACUCUCGUGUACCUGGUGCGGGUGCAGACAAAAACAAUGAGAAGGUGUAGAGGACUGUGUUUUUUUUUUUGUUUUUUUUUUCCAAACAGAAUGUAUUGCAUUCCUGUGAACUGGUGCUGCAAUAUUCAGUUGAUUAAGCUAUUCAUUAGACAUGUAUGAUAUGUAUGAUAAAUGUUAAAAUAAAUUUGCUUUAUUCUUUUAA